AUGGCAUCAGAUCAUACCAACGACGACAGCAAGUACAUGUUUGGCUCGCAGCCAAAUAUACGCAAUGCCUGUGAUGCGUGCCACAAACGCAAGAUACGCUGUAUGGUGUCGAGAAAUGGCGGGCCUUGCUAUAAUUGCAAGUCAAGAGGGCUUUCAUGCUACUUUCUACCACGGUAUAGGAGCGGCAGACCACGCAGGCGUGAUAACUCCUCUCCCGAGACGAUCGAAACAAUCACACCUACUCCUACUCCUACUCCCCCUAGCACAAACAAUUCCUUCUGGCCAGGAGCCCAAAAAGCUGUCACAUCAUCGACAAGGAAAUCUCCAACAGUCGUUGACCAAAAUAACGACCUCUUAGGCUGGGUCUCUGACCAGGACUUUACAGCUCAGAUAGAGGAACAUGGCUCUGACUUACGAGUAUCUGGCCAACCGCUAAGGCUUCCCGGAGCUAUAGACGGCCCCUUCAUGGAGCCAGAGCAGACGGCUUUUCCCAACUUUACCGAUCCAUCGUGCCAGCCAUUUUCUGAUAUACAGCCUGACGACCUGGUUACGCUACCGCCACUCCCAAACAUUCAAACGCCAUCCUGGUCACCAGCUUUUCGCCAGCCAUCUGAUCGCAGCAACUAUCGUAACGGAAUAUCUGGAGAAGGCGGGUUUACUAGCUUGCUGGAACAAUGCUCAAGGCUUCAACGUCAUCUUACUUUAACGGAGAAAGAAGGACCUGCAGGCUCAGGGGAGACGGGUUUACCGACCCAAAAGAAGAAUGACAUGUCAGAUAACCAGGUACAAGAGAUACUAGAAGACGUCGACGCCAGCUGCAAACUCAUGCUCGAGAUGUGUGAUGAGGGAGGACUGUUCAAGUCGGCUUCAGCACAAGUCAACAACCUACUGGACUCGGCUUCCAUCUCCUUGAUAAUAACCGCCGUCUUCAAGGUUUUCCAAAUAUGUGAUGUACUUUUCAGUGGCCAGGUGCUACGGGUUCAUUCCAUGAAGGAUAUACUACGACAGAAGCGGCUCGACUUUAAUAUUACCCAGGCAAGGAUAGUGACGGCACGGAUUGAGCAACUGACGCAGAGUAGGCCUCUGAUUUCACAAGAAUUGUCAAAAAGAGCAGUUUAUAUUGAGGAAAGGUUUACGAGCCAACGCGGGCGUAGCUCUGCGGAGAUGGAUGGCAGUCCCGAAACAUAA